CUGAUGAAGUCACUUGUAUAGCUCGUGGGUCUUUCAGGAACUAAAACCACUGCAGGUAACCACAAAUUAUAUCGAAUAUUGUUAUUAUUUCAAGCUGUAUUAUUUGCAUUAUCUGAAUUUAUAAAGCAUUAAGUGUACAUGUUAAAAGACAAUUAUGCUUUGAAGCUUUUUGGACCAAUAUCUUCUCUAGCUACAGUGUAACUAAUUAAAAUGAAUGAAAUAAAAAUGAUUGAAACUAUGAUCCCAGGAUGCAUGACAUGCUAUGGUUGACCUUUUUGUCAUAUCUCCUUUGAGGAACAGUAUGAAUGAUGGUGUAGUCUGCAGGUAAGUCUAGCUAUUUAAGAACUGAUCUGAAUCAUUAAUACAUUAUUUCUAGACUUUCCGUGACUUGAAAAUGAAAAAUUAAGCUGCAGUUACAUAAGAAAUGCAAAUGCUAAACAAAACCACAGCAUAGCACAGAGUCACACCCAGAACAUUUCAGUAAUGAGUCAUGAACGAGAUGAUGCUAGGGCUCAUCCAGGUUUAGCCAGUUUAGCACAAAUAUAAUUUGCUGGGUGGAGAAGAAUUAAGCGCAAGAUCCAUUUUUAUUCCCGAUCCCUGAAAGUCACAGAAUCCAUGGCAGAACUCGGUAUACUUUAUUGUAAGAAAUGUGCACAGGACAGAUAUGAAUUAGAGAUCAAGGUCACGUACUUCAACCGAUCUGAAUGAAUUCAUAUGUAAUAGCGAUAUAAACACUGAUAGCAUGUUUGGGUUUCCUCUGUCAGUCAUGGCUUCGUCUAAAACGAUUCUGUGUGAUUACUGCACUGAGGGAAAACUGCAGGCUAUAAAGACCUGCCUGGAAUGUCGGGUUUCGUUCUGCACCACUCAUCUGAUGCCUCACAAAAGUGUUGAAAAACUCAAAAAGCACAAACUCAUCGACCCCGUAGAAACGCUGGAGGAUUACAUAUGCAAGAAACACGAGCGGCCCCUGGAGAUGUUCUGUAGGGAUGACCAGAUAUGUGUGUGUCAUUCGUGUUUAAUGGGAGACCACAAAACUCACAUCAUCACUUCGAUAGAGGAGGAAGUUCAAGUGAAGAAGAGCCAGCUUGGUGAGACACAGGCAGACAUUCAGAAGAUGAUCCAAAAGCGAUUGAAUAAAGUUCAAGAACUGAAAUCCACUGUAGAGCUCAGUAAAACAAACACAGAGAAGGAGAAAGCAGACAUCGUAGAGGCCUUCAAUGCUCUGAUGCUCUGCAUUGAGAGAAACCAGGCAGAGCUGCUUAAGAUCAUGGAGGAGAAGCAGAAAGCAGCCGAGAGGCAGACUGAAGAGUUCAUUAGACAUCUGCAGAGUGAAAUCUCUGAGCUAAAGAAAAGAACCACCGAGCUGGAGCAACUCAUGCACUCUGACGAGCACCUGCACCUUCUACAGAUUUACCCGUCAUUGGGUGGUUCCCUACCUGGCAGUAACUGGUCUGAUGUUGGAGUUGAGUUUUAUCUCAAUGUGGAGACACUGAAGAGAGCUCUUCCCCAGCUUCAAAAAUCUCUCAAUGAGGAAAUGGAAAGGGUUCCUGAUAUUAAAUUAAAGCGAAUCCGACAGCAUGCAGUGGAUGUGACUCUGGAUCCUGAAACAGGAAACCCUGCUCUCAUUCUUUCUGAUGAUGGGAAACAAGUGAGCCACGGAGACCUACGACAAAAACUUCCUGCUAACGUGAAGCGAUUCGAUUUCUCCCCCUGCAUCAUGGGAAAGCAGGGAUUCUCCUCAGGGAGGUUCUACUACGAGGUGCAGGUCAGAGGGAAGACAAAGUGGGAUAUAGGAGUGGCCUGGGAGUCUGUUAAGAGGAAGGGGGAGAUUACAUACAGCACGGAAAAUGGAUUCUGGCUUCUGUGUCUGAGGAAUGGUAGCGAAUAUAAGGCUUGCGACUCCCCACCUGUUCCUCUGUCCUUAACAAAGGCUCCUCAGAGAGUAGGAGUGUUUGUAAAUUAUGAAGAGGGUUUGGUCUCCUUCUAUAAUGUUGACACCAAGUCUCUUAUUUACUCUUUCACUGGUCAGACUUUCGGUGAGAAAAUCUUUCCAUUCUUCAGCCCUUCACUCAAUAACGGAGGGAAGAAUUCGGCACCGCUGAUCAUCACGCCUGUUCAAUGAAAUGUUUUUUUUCACAGAAAACAAUAAUUUAGCUAAUGUGAUGUUUUAUUUAAAGAAUUAUUAUUUAGGAUUUUUCAAAUUCAAGAUAGUCAGUGGUGUAAUCGUUUUUAAAGUAGUGUACACAUAUACAAGACCUGGUCAGGACAACCCAAGUGAGUUUUUCACUUGGAUUGUCAGUCCCCCCCUCCCCCAAAUGAAAUCCGUUAAGGGUUUCUUUUCUCAAUAAAUUAAUCGCGGUGUUAUUGAAAGGUUUCAAGACUGGUUUCAUAACAUCCCAAUGGAUUGUAGCACAGUACAGUCACAAGGAGCACCGACCUUCAUAAGUCAGUGUGCUGAAAAGUCAUCGUCCUGUGUACAUCGGGAGUUGCUAAUCUGACCACGUGCGUUACUACGUCUGCGGUUUCGUCGUGGACAUCAAUUUAGAACGAGGAGCGAAUGUGAAAUUCUGGGUGAAACUGGGCAAAUCUGCCACAGAGACGUUCGGCAAGUUUACGGCGAUGCUGCUUCGCGGUGCUUUAACUGGCCUGUGGACUUCGAUCUCAUCCUAAAGAUGAAGUUUCAGCUCAAAUGCCGCCGUUUGGACCCCAUUGAGGAGAUCUGGCGCGAAUUGCAGAAGAUGCUUGACGCGUUCGAGAAGUGGCAGAAAUGCUGGAAGUGCUGCAUUUCUGUGUAAUAGGACAAUUUUAAAGGUGGUAGUUUCGAAAAAAAUAAAUGUUUUGCAACCUACAGUGUGUAUAUACGUGUAUCUUAUUGUUCUGGCCCCUUGGACAUUGAACUAUGCAAAUUGUUUCCUAAAUGCGACACCUCUGAUGCACAUCACUCUCCAACCACUAUUGCUUUAUGUGCAAAACUGGAUUGAGUUUCCAAAAAGCAUUUGCAUAACGAACACAACACGACUUUGCUUUAGUCCUCACACUUCCUUCAUUCCAUCCCAACAAGGAAGGACUACUGGUGUAUGUUCAUUAGCUUUAACAGGUUUUUCUAGAUUGUGUCUAUUAUUUUUCUCCUUAGGUUUUUUUAGUUGUUCUUGUGUUACACUUGUUUGUAUGUGAUAUAUUUUGAUGUGUGCAUUACAAUAGAGAGAAAAAAAAUCAAACACACUUUAUGUCUGUGAUGUGACUAAAACGCCCUGAAAAAAUACAUCGAAGAAACGAAUUGAAGGGGACACACGAAAUCCUGUGAAUACCGUGACGAAUGAAACCAGGUGUCACAUGUGAAACAAUAUGUAAAUUUGAAUGUUGUAGUAAAAUCCGUGAAAUAAAAAUGAUUGAAAUAUGUCAAAAAGUAAAUGAAUGAAUUGCAUGUGAAACAUACAAAAGAUGAAAAUAUAUAUAUUUAUAUAUAAGGG